AUGUUCAAGUUGGUGGUGUUGUCUGUAGUGCUCGCCGUUGCUGCUGCGGCCCCAGCUCCUGGAUACCUGCACGGAGGAUACGCCCUUCCGGCCGCCACCAGCUACUCCUCCAGGAUCGACGUGCACACGCCCGUGGUGGCCAAAACCAUCGUCGCCAGCCCCAUUUCCUACGCCUAUCCUGCUGUGAGCCACGGGUACGGCAUCCACGCGCCCAUCGUCGGCGGAUACGGCCUGGGAUACGAGCAUGGGUUGGGGUACGGGUAUGGUAUCGGCCAUGGAUAUGGGUACGGACAUGGAUGGUGA